AUGGCUUUGAAGACAAAGAUGGAGUAUAUGUUUUCUCAUGGUGCAUCUCUGGGAUUCAUACGAGGUGCUAGCGAGAAGGACCAGGAAGAUGAUAAUGAGAGCAGCGAUAGUGAUGAUGAAGAAUCUGCAGAAGCGGAUGAAGAUGACUCUGAUCUGGACUUGGCAUGGAAGAUGCUAGAUGUUGCGAGGAUCAUUGUUGAGAAGUCCUUAGAAGAUACCAUUGAGAAAGUAAACAUUUAUGCUGCUUUGGGAGAGGUGUCACUGGAAAGAGAGGACUUUGAGACAUCUUUAACUGAUUAUUUGAAAGCUUUGUCCAUUUUGGAGCGGUUGGUUGAACCUGGCACUCGUAGGAUGGUUGAAUUAAAUUUUAGGGUAUGUUUGGUGUUGGAGGCUUCGGCAAAGGUUCAAGAGGCUAUUCCUUACUGUAAGAAGGCUAUCUCACUUUGCAAAUCUCGCUUACAGUAGUUCAGUGACAACGUGAAGCCGACAGUUUUAGUGCCAACUAAUAACGUGAACAUUGCUGAUGACUCCAGUGUGGGUGACAAUCAGGCUUCGAACAAAGUAGAUGCUGAUGGGGCUAUUGGAGAAGAUGAAAAGCAGGUGCUUAGCGGAAUAUUGAGUGAGCUCGAAAGAAAGCUGGAGGACCUUCAGCAGAUCUUGCCAGAUCCUCGAUUCAUAUUUUCAGAAAUCAUGAAAAGGAUGUCAUCUACAUUGCCUUCUUCAGCGUCUUUGAAUUCUUCACAGAUGGCUGUUACAACUGGGGGUUUCGAUUCCCCAACGGUCUCCACCGCAGCAACAAAUGGUUGUGGGCCUGUAACCCAUCUUGGUGUUGUAGGAAGAGGCGUAAAGAGAGCUUCUUUAAACAAUGUUUCUACCAAACCUCUUUCUAAGAAGUCUUCUUUGGAUUCUUCUUCUGGAGUCGUCGAAUCUACGGUGAAAGAUGCUGAGAUCCGGAAGGAGUAAUGUUGUUGUAGUUUAUUUGUCAUAUUGGAUGCUUCAGUUAUGUAGUAUGAACAUUUGAAAAU